AUGCCGUUGGAGGCGGAUAUGCGGGAGGCUGUGCGGAGGCAUAUGGAGUCGGAGUCGGAGGCGGCGGUUGCGGCUUCGAGGGCGUGGUUGUCGGAUGAGGAGCUGGCGGUCUAUGUGGGUGAGUAUGCGCGGACGGGGUUUCAGGGCGGGUUGAAUUGGUAUCGCGUGAGGACGGCUGCUGGCGGACGGUAUACCGGGGAUUUUGAUGUGUAUGCUGGCCGGAAGAUUGAGGUGCCGGCGGCUUUUGUGUCGGGGAAGUUGGAUUGGGGGAUUUACCAGGAGCCUGGGGCUUUGGAGAAGAUGGUAGAUGGGAGGGUUUGCUCGGAUUUUAGGGUGCUCAGGUUGGUGGAUGGGGUUGGACAUUGGGCGCCACAAGAAUGCCCUGAGGUUGUGGUCGAGGUUGUUUUGGAGUUGCUACGGGGGCUGUAG